AUGGAAUGUAGAUCAAAGUUUGAGAAGUGUUGUGUGAAACUUAACACAAAGGUGAGCUCCAAUCCCCUUGGUUCUCGCUACCCAACUGGGGUCCAAGGCCCCUUCAUCUCCUCGCCUCUGCUACUUCGGAGCCUCGCUCAUCACUCCCGCUUUCAUUCUCUUCUGCGCUCCUACUUUCAGAAACAACUUGGUCAUAUCAGUCCCUUGCAUAAGUUGAAGGCCUUGUCAACUCAUCCUUCGGUUUGCUUUAGUUUCUUUGAUGGAAGAGACAACAGCAAUGAUGUCUCAAAUGAAGACGUGCCCAACUCUAACAUGUUUUCUAGCUUAUUCACUGGAAGAGAGUGGACUAAUGUUCUGCUUGCUCUUAACAUCAUAGUUUAUAUUGCACAAGUUGGAACACAAAACGACUUGAUCCUAUGGGGUGCCAAGAUAAAUAGGCUGAUCGAUGAAGGGCAGUUGUGGACGCUGGUCACAAGUUCGUUUUUGCAUGCAAAUGUUGGUCACCUCCUGGUGAAUUGCUAUUAAUUGAACAGUGUAGGCCCUACCACGGAGAUGUCCAGCAUAAUAUUGCCUUCAAUAAAUUAGGACUAGCUGUGGUGUUGGACAAGGGAUAAGCUGUGGGAAUGCUACUGUGAGCCUUCGAUUCUGCAAAAUGGAUGGUAGGGUGGUGUGAAUCACUUCUAGAGUUAUGAAAGGAAAUUCUGGCAUCACAAGAGCUUUCAGUGUUAGAAAUUCUUAAACUACAUAGUAUAUGUGUCGCUACUAGGUUUCC